AAGUGUGAGAACGCUUUAUUUCCCGCGAUCGUCUCUACUCUCAGACUGGCCGAAACGCGUGUCCAGCCCGCCCGUCAAUCAAAACGCUAGCUCGCUCUCCGAUUGGCUGCUUCCGGGGCGGUCCCGCCCUCCUGCGCCGUCCCCUCCCCUCCAGUACCUUCAAAUGACACCGUGAGAACGCCGAGGCAGCCACACGCAACUCGCACUCACACGCUGGCGGAGGAUUACGACAAUUGUGAUUGCGCUCCUUAUCGCGACGACGACGAGCAGCGCGGACGCGAUGAAGAGGAGCCACGACUUCAGCUCGUCAGACAGCGAGCUGGACGAAGCCAUCGAGGUGGAGAAGGACAGCGCGGAUGAGAGCGGGAAUAUUCGCUCUCCUCUGAGCUCGACAUCACCAAGCGCUUCCAUUCAGGUGCAGGCGAGGAAGAGGCGGCGAGGGAUCAUCGAGAAACGUCGGCGAGACAGAAUCAACAACAGCCUGAGUGAACUGCGGCGGCUAGUGCCGAGCGCCUUCGAGAAGCAGGGUUCGGCCAAGUUGGAGAAAGCAGAAAUUUUACAGAUGACCGUCGACCACCUGAAGAUGCUCCAUGCCGCCGGUGGCAAAGGCUUUUUCGAUGCCCACGCCCUAGCAAUGGAUUACCGUGGUCUGGGUUUCCGGGAGUGCCUGGCGGAGACGGCGCGCUACCUCAGCGUCAUGGAAGGUCUGGACAACGCCGACCCCCUGAGGAUCCGGCUGGUGUCACACCUGAACAACUAUGCCAGCCAGCGCGAGGCCCACUCAGGACUGGGCCACCUGGCGGCGUGGGGUUCCGCCUUCGCCUCGCCGGCCGCCCACAUGUCCCACCCGCUGCUCGUGGCCGGGUUGCCCCGCUGCGGAAGUAGCAGCCCCCGCUCGCCGUCCUCUUCUGCUUCGUCAUCGCCGUCCGCUGAGACUCAUCCCCCCGGCAGGCGAAGCGGGACCGCGACCCCUCACUCAGAACAGUUGCCACCCAGCGUGCGAAGGACCCCCGCCGGGACCGUCUUGCACCCCGCUUUGUUGUCCUCAUCAACAACCAAGCAUCUCCUCUCGGCGUUCCCGUUCCCCUUCGGAGCAUUCCCACUCAUUUCCCCCACUACGGCUGCCGCCCUCAGCCCGCCGACCCCGACGGUUCCCCCCGUGGGCAAACCUUACAGACCUUGGGGGAUGGAGAUUGGAGCUUUUUGACUGCCC